CUCCUCGGCAGUCUCAGGCUCCCAGCUCAGCCCUACACAUCUCUUGCGUGCGACUCGCUGAGAGCGAGAGCGAGAGGCGGCGGCGUGUCCUCCCCUCUCGCAACCCAGCCGCGGCAUCUCCAGCCACCACGGAUCUGCUUCUCGCACCUCCAACGUCCCCUCCCUUCCUCCCUGCCACUCCCUCCCAGAAAGAGAAAAAGAAAACGAGCGAGAAAGAUUCUGGAAUUUGAAUCUUCCCAAAGAGGAAACAUACCCAGCAAACUCAGUUGGUUAAGCAUCAGACAGACAGACAGACAGAUCCCAAGUCUUCUGUGCAGCUGGAAAGGUGUUUGCUCUGGAGUCCUGGGAGGCGGGUGAUGUGCAGGACCGCCUGUGGCUGGCGCCAUGAAGCCUGAGUGUGUCCCCGCCCUACGCUGGGCCCUGCUCAGCCUGAGUGCUCAGCUCCUCGUCGGCCUGCUCCCCGCGGCCCACCGCUGCUAGGAGGCAGGACCUCAGGACAGGUCUUGGGCCUCUUGCUACCUCCCCGGCACCGAGGCCCAGGUGAGCCUGGGCAGCGCUCACUCCUCCUCCACUGUGGCGGCCCCAGCCCCGGCCUCAGCCUCGCUGGCUGGGGUGUCCAGUGGUCAGCUGGGAGAAGGGUGUUGAAGAAGCCUUCCUCCUACACUCAUGCACUUCUCCUCCUCGCGGCAAGGCCUCCGGAUCCACAUGGAUAGCUGAGCUCUUUUCCUGGAGAAAGACACCUCCCUCCUCAUCCCUCUUCCCCACCUGACCUUCCUCCUCUUCUGCUGCCCCCUCCCCCUGCCUUUCUUGCUCCUGAUCCCACCUGGGGCUCCCCCUCCUUGCCUGCCCAGCACCUGCCCAGCGUGCCUCCUUCCUCUCCUGUGCGCUCUGUCCCCCAUCUCUGUUUUAUCUCCCCCUCUCCCUUCCACUGGGAAAGGGAGAGCCUUCCCCAGGGCUGUUUGCUGGCUGGUCUGCUCUGCCCCAGUAGCCACCAUGGGCGUCAGCCUCCACUCUGUGUUCUUCACUCUGAAGCUGAGCAUCCUGCUGGGCUCCCUGCUGGGGCUGUGCCUGGGUCUGGAGUUCAUGGGCCUCCCCAACCAGUGGGCCCGCUACCUCCGCUGGGACGCCAGCACGCGCAGUGACCUGAGCUUCCAGUUCAAGACCAACGUCUCCACCGGACUGCUCGUCUACCUGGACGACGGCGGCGUCUGUGACUUCCUCUGCCUGUCCCUGGUGGAUGGCCGCGUUCAGCUCCGCCUCAGCAUGGACUGCGCCGAGACCUCCGUGCUGUCCAACAAACAGGUGAACGACAGCAGCUGGCACUUCGUCAUGGUGAGCCGCGACCGCCUGCGCACCGUGCUGGUGCUGGACGGCGAGGGCCAGUCUGGGGAGCUGCAGGCCCAGCGGCCCCACAUGGAUGUGGUGAGCGAUUUGUUCCUCGGUGGAGUCCCUGCCGACAUCCGGGCCUCCGCCCUGACCCUUGAUGGAGUACAGGCCAUGCCCGGCUUCAAGGGCUUAAUCCUGGAUCUCAAGUAUGGCAACACGGAGCCUCGGCUUCUCGGGAGCCAGGGCGUCCAGUUGGAUGCCGAGGGGCCCUGCGGCGAGCGUCCCUGUGAAAAUGGUGGGAUCUGUUUCCUUCUGGACGGCCACCCUACUUGUGACUGUUCUACCACUGGCUAUGGUGGCAAGCUCUGCUCGGAAGACGUCAGUCAAGGUCCAGGCCUCUCCCACCUCAUGAUGAGUGAACAAGCUCGGGAGGAGAAUGUGGCCACUUUCCGAGGUUCAGAAUACCUGUGCUACGACCUGUCUCAGAACCCGAUCCAGAGCAGCAGCGAUGAGAUCACUCUCUCCUUUAAGACCUGGCAACGUAACGGGCUCAUCCUGCACACGGGCAAGUCGGCUGACUAUGUCAACCUGGCUCUGAAGGAUGGUGCAGUCUCCUUGGUCAUUAACCUGGGCUCCGGGGCCUUUGAGGCCAUUGUGGAGCCAGUAAACGGAAAGUUCAACGACAACGCCUGGCAUGAUGUCAAAGUGACACGCAACCUCCGGCAGGUGACAAUCUCUGUGGAUGGCAUUCUCACCACGACGGGCUACACGCAAGAGGACUACACCAUGCUGGGCUCAGAUGACUUCUUCUAUGUGGGAGGAAGCCCAAGUACCGCUGACUUGCCCGGCUCUCCCGUCAGCAACAACUUCAUGGGCUGCCUUAAAGAGGUUGUUUAUAAGAAUAAUGACAUCCGUCUGGAGCUGUCUCGCCUGGCCAGAAUUGGGGAUACCAAGAUGAAAAUCUACGGUGAAGUUGUGUUCAAGUGUGAGAAUGUGGCCACACUGGACCCCAUCAACUUUGAGACCCCAGAGGCUUACAUCAGCUUACCCAAGUGGAACACCAAGCGUAUGGGCUCCAUCUCCUUUGAUUUCCGCACCACCGAGCCCAACGGCCUGAUCCUCUUCACUCACGGAAAGCCCCAGGAGAGAAAGGAUGCUCGGAGCCAGAAGAACACUAAAGUAGACUUCUUUGCCGUGGAACUUCUUGAUGGCAACCUGUACUUGCUGCUUGAUAUGGGCUCAGGCACCAUCAAGGUGAAAGCCACUCAGAAGAAAGCCAAUGAUGGGGAAUGGUACCACGUGGACAUUCAGCGAGAUGGCAGAUCAGGUACUAUAUCAGUGAACAGCAGGCGCACUCCCUUCACCGCCAGUGGGGAGAGUGAGAUCCUGGACCUGGAAGGGGACAUGUACCUAGGUGGGCUGCCCGAGAACCGUGCUGGCCUCAUCCUCCCCACCGAGCUCUGGACUGCCAUGCUCAACUAUGGCUAUGUGGGCUGCAUUCGCGACCUGUUCAUCGACGGGCGCAGCAAGAACAUACGGCAACUGGCGGAAAUGCAGAAUGCUGCGGGCGUCAAGUCUUCCUGCUCCCGGAUGAGCGCCAAGCAGUGUGAUAGUUACCCCUGCAAGAACAAUGCAGUGUGCAAGGACGGCUGGAACCGCUUCAUCUGCGACUGCACUGGCACCGGCUACUGGGGAAGAACCUGUGAAAGGGAGGCGUCCAUCCUGAGCUACGACGGCAGCAUGUACAUGAAGAUCAUCAUGCCCAUGGUCAUGCACACGGAGGCAGAGGAUGUGUCCUUUCGCUUCAUGUCCCAGCGAGCUUAUGGGCUGCUGGUGGCUACCACGUCCAGGGACUCUGCCGACACGCUGCGCCUGGAGCUGGAUGGGGGGCGUGUCAAGCUCAUGGUUAACCUAGACUGUAUCAGGAUAAACUGUAACUCCAGCAAAGGACCUGAGACCCUGUACGCGGGGCAGAAGCUCAAUGACAAUGAGUGGCACACCGUGCGCGUGGUGCGGAGAGGAAAGAGCCUUAAGUUGACAGUGGACGAUGAUGUGGCUGAGGGUACAAUGGUGGGAGACCAUACCCGAUUGGAGUUCCACAAUAUUGAAACUGGGAUCAUGACUGAGAAACGAUACAUCUCCGUUGUCCCCUCCAGUUUCAUUGGCCACCUGCAGAGCCUCAUGUUCAAUGGUUUGCUCUACAUUGAUUUGUGCAAAAAUGGUGAUAUUGAUUACUGUGAACUGAAGGCUCGUUUUGGACUAAGGAAUAUUAUCGCUGACCCUGUCACCUUCAAGACCAAGAGCAGCUACUUGAGCCUUGCCACUCUUCAAGCCUACACCUCCAUGCACCUCUUCUUCCAGUUUAAGACCACAUCAGCUGAUGGCUUCAUUCUUUUCAAUAGUGGAGAUGGAAAUGACUUUAUUGCAGUUGAACUGGUAAAGGGGUACAUACACUAUGUGUUUGACCUGGGAAAUGGCCCCAACGUGAUUAAAGGCAACAGUGACCGCCCUCUGAAUGAUAACCAGUGGCACAACGUCGUUAUCACCCGGGACAACAGCAACACCCACAGCCUGAAGGUGGACACCAAGGUGGUCACCCAGGUUAUCAAUGGUGCCAAGAACCUGGAUUUGAAAGGUGAUCUCUAUAUGGCUGGUCUGGCCCAAGGCAUGUACAGCAACCUCCCGAAGCUUGUGGCCUCUCGUGAUGGCUUUCAAGGCUGUCUGGCUUCAGUGGACUUGAAUGGACGCCUGCCAGACCUCAUCAAUGAUGCCCUCCAUCGGAGCGGACAGAUCGAGCGUGGCUGUGAAGUUGCGUUGACCAAAGCUGACCUGCAAGGACCCAGUACAACCUGCCAGGAAGAUUCAUGUGCCAACCAAGGGGUCUGCAUGCAGCAGUGGGAAGGCUUCACGUGCGACUGUUCCAUGACCUCUUAUUCUGGAAACCAGUGCAAUGAUCCUGGCGCUACCUACAUCUUUGGGAAAAGCGGUGGUCUCAUCCUCUACACCUGGCCAGCCAAUGACAGGCCCAGUACACGCUCCGACCGCCUUGCCGUGGGCUUCAGCACCACGGUGAAGGAUGGCAUCCUGGUACGCAUCGACAGCGCCCCAGGACUCGGCGACUUCCUGCAGCUUCAUAUAGAGCAGGGGAAAAUCGGAGUUGUCUUCAACAUCGGCACAGUUGAUAUCUCCAUCAAAGAAGAGAGAACCCCUGUCAAUGAUGGCAAAUACCAUGUGGUGCGCUUCACCAGAAACGGUGGAAAUGCCACACUCCAGGUGGACAACUGGCCAGUGAAUGAACAUUACCCUACAGGCAACACUGAUAAUGAACGCUUCCAAAUGGUAAAACAGAAAAUCCCCUUCAAAUAUAACCGGCCAGUAGAGGAGUGGCUGCAAGAAAAAGGCCGGCAGUUAACCAUCUUCAACACCCAGGCGCAAAUAGCCAUUGGUGGAAAGGACAAAGGACGACUCUUCCAAGGCCAACUCUCUGGGCUCUAUUAUGAUGGUUUGAAAGUACUGAACAUGGCGGCAGAGAACAACCCCAAUAUUAAAAUCAAUGGAAGUGUCCGGCUGGUAGGAGAAGUCCCAUCAAUCUUGGGAACAACACAGACAACCUCCAUGCCACCAGAAAUGUCUACCACUGUCAUGGAAACCACCACUACAAUGGCUACUACUACAACCCGCAAGAAUCGCUCCACGGCCAGCAUUCAGCCAACAUCAGAUGACCUUGUUUCAUCUGCUGAAUGUUCAAGUGAUGACGAAGACUUCGUUGAAUGUGAACCGAGUACAGAACCUUUUUGAAGAUCAUCUGGUCUGCUUUCUUUUUACCUACAUAUGCGAGAUAGCUUCUCACCUCCUCAAUAACAAUGGAAAGAAGUUUUUGUAUUGAGUGCAUUAAAUGGCAGGAAAUACUUAAGUGUGUACUAUGAUGGUUUUGGGAACCUUGAUUGACAAGGAUUAUGAAAUUGUUCAGGUGUGAUUUAUCUGAAGAGCAGUGGGUAAAAUGAGUUACCCAGGUUACCAGCCAGGUGUAAACAGUUCCAAUAUUAGAAAGAGCAACUUACGUGAGGUUAGUGUGUGUUAAUGUCACCUAUGCAAUUAUUUGUACACUGUAGAUUUUUAGCUACUUACCAGUCAUGUUCAAAACAUAAUCUGGCAAUAGCCACCUCUAACUGAUACUAAGAAUAGAGAUAUUUACUGAAUGAAUGAGAAAGAUUUUUUUAAGUUCUAAAAGUAAUUGUUUCUUGGAGCGCAGUGUUUUAGAUGUUACAACUAAUUAAAAAAAAGUGACCAUGUGCUUGAGAGGACAUACUCAUAGUCUCAUCUUUGACCCUUUGUGACAUCUGCACUCCCGGCAUCCCUUAAAAUCAUACCCAUUUAUUUAUCUUUCCUUUUCUCACUUUCCUGCAUUCUAUAUAUAAAAGUUCCUCCCAAAGUAUUUAUGGCAGCUUGAGUAUUAUUAUGCAUAAAAAUGCUAAUAAUAGACUAACAAGAAAUAUUCCUUUUUAAACUGUAUUUGCUUUUAUUAGACUCAUUUCAAGCCAUGUAUAGCCUGAUCAUCUCAUUACCGAUUCAGUCUUCACCCUUCCUGAAACCAGAUCCUCAACUGGAAAAUCUGUACAGUUGAAAAUGCCCAAGCGUCUCUAUGCUAGAGUUGUGAUACCCCCACCUAGCUUCAAAGCCCAAGGACACCUUGAGAACAGGCAAUAUCUUAUUGCCAAGUAUUCCUUUUUUUAUUGAGAGCAAACAGUUGGUUAUUUUGUUCUGUAAAAGCCAGAGAACAAAUAUUAUAGACUUUGAAGGUCUUUCAGUUUCUGGUAAUAACACAAAGGCAGUCACGAUGUCUUUCUAUGCAUAUUUAUUUCCAGAAGCAGGCAUGAUCCAAAGACCAGCAUUGUUCACUCCAAUCCUAGAGACUGAUGGCUUAGGAAUCUGUAGUUUUCUUUGUUUUGUUUUAAAUAGAUGGGCCCUUCUUCUCUAUGGUCAAUCUCUACAAGCAUUCAUUGAGUAUUUCAACGAGCACGUAAGGCCGCAUAGGAUAUGAAUAAAGAUGCAUCCUUAUGGAAUUUCCUGCCAUUGUUUUAUAUAUGCCGUUAUCUCAAGCAUAGAAAAUGAGUACUGCACUAUUUGUAAGAGUUUGACGUUUGCCUUUCCUUCUGCAAAUCUCUUUUGAUCUCCCUGCUGCUGCUGGGGCAUGGGCUGCAUUCUCUCCCUUUAGACCUCUUUGGCAUUAGCUUCCUUGAACUCCAGCCCACAUGCUGUGUCACAUCCCAGUAAUUCUUCCCCAAACCUUGGCUGUGGGUUAUUGAGCUGACAAAUGUCUCAAUGAUGGAGAUAUGAUAUUUGCAACCUGCUGAGAACCUCUUCUUGCCCUGCACUCUUUGAUUUGUAGCUUUAUAAGUUUGGUGGGCAAAAGUGAGAAACAGUCUCAGUGACACAGACAGUGAAUGGGGAGGACAAACGAGAGGGGGCAAGACAGAUAGGCCUCCUCCUGCAUUUCCAACAAAAGCAUUUAUUUAUAUCUUAGCACCGUGAAUGUCGGAGGUAACGGAUUAUACGGUGUGGUGCCGGAAGGAGCAUCCUAUGGCCUAAGGUGAAUAAUGUGUGCUACCACCUGGCAGCAGAUUAGACAGGAGCAGGCUAUAAAAGUCAGGUUCAAAGCCAUAUUUAGUAUUGCUGUGAAAAUGGCAUUUCUAACUUAAGGAUUUUGUUUCAUAAAUUGAUGCUCAGUCUCUUUAGCCCCUUCACAUUAGAAAUCUAUGGCUAAGAAAUAGAAACAACACAUACAUGAACACUGGGUAAACUCUGAAGCCAAGUCCUAAUGUAUCCCAACCCCAGAAGGAGCCGGAGAUUAACUUCUGAGAACCAUGAUGCUUUGUAGUAACAUUAGGGGCUUUCUUUAUUAGCAAGGCCUCCUGCUGUGGUAUUGUGCCUGGAGUUGUAAGGUUUUGAACUACAAAGAAAACAAGAAACAAAAUGAAGUGAUGAUACCAGGAGUCAAGGAAGAUAGACCCUGUGGGAGAGGCUUUAGGGGCAGGAAAUGCAAGGGUUGGCUUUUUAAACAGCCUCAUUUGGUAUUAGUGUUUCAAUAUGCCUAUGAGAUCAAAGAGAUAGAAGAAGAGAAGAGGAAAGCUAGGGUAAAUUAAGCACUACUGGUGAUCAGAGGACAGAUCAUCCUAACAGAAUCAAACUGCUUUUUCUCCCAUUCUGAUCGCUGCAACCUAGCAUUUUACGGUAUGAUCACCUGCCUUAGUUGUUUGUGUAUCUAUCUCACCACUACUAGCUUUCCUAGUACAGCAUCAGAGCAACCUCCUGCCCCAGAGCCCUGUUGCAGGUUUGAUACAAUGUAGCCUAAUGAGAAUUCCAGAGAGCCUAUGCUCUCAUGUAAUGGCAUUUAAAUUAAAGGUUUUAAAACAUUAAAAUAAAAAGAGACCUAUGAAGCUUCAAUAAGCCACAAGGAGACACAGAAUUUUUCAUUCCCUUUUAAAAUUUCUGUGUAGGUGUAACCCUCUCAUAAAUUGGGAAGGAUAUGCUAUCAGUAAAAUAUCUAGUUAGGCAUCACUUGGAGACUUCUAAGUUUCAAACUAAGCACAGCAGCUUCUCCUCAUACUGCUGAGAUUCUGCUAUUCAUCUCUCUCUUUUUUAAUUAUGACCUCAGAGUUCGCAUAGCUGUACAACACUGUGCUUGAAGAAUUUUAGAAAUAAGUGUAAUGGUUUUAGUCUAAGUGACAAAACUGAGGCCUCUACAGGUGUACUUAUUUGAUCACGGUCCCUGAGCUAGUUUCCAGUAGAAUUACAAUUAAAUCCCAGGUGUCCAGAAUCCAGGCCAUUUUACUGAUAUUGUACAUCAAGAGAAAAAAUAAAAACUCAAAAGUUUUCAUUCUCAAGUAAAAUAGCACCCGUUCAACAGAGAAAUUAGAAAAUGUGUAAAAAAUUGAUUAUCUUCUUUGAACUGGUCACUGUUGCCACACAAGAGAGUAUCAUUAUCCUAGCUAGGGAUCAACUCUAUAACUCAGUCCUUUAUAGACAAACGAUGAAGCAGUUCAGGGCAACUAGAAUUGUGGCACAGAUUCAACAAGUAGAUGCUAUCAACUUCCUACACCAUUGAAAGAUUACUAAGCAAACGACAGCACUGACUCCCAAAUUUAAAAUCCAAACUAGCAUGAGGCUAUGACAGAACUUUCACUGAUGCAUGCUGAAAUGCAAAAAGAUAACGCAGUGAGUCUUCCCAAAAUUAAAAUUAUAGAACUGCCCUAUUUGUAUUCUGCCCACAUAGCCUGUGUUUUCCUAUGGUUAAAAUUAAUGCCUUUUACAAAAAUAGUGUUUGUUGCACUUUAAAGCAUCCUUUAUUAAGAAAAUAAAGCUGUCCACUGUACAUUAGUCCUUUCAUACAGUUUUAUUUGAAAUUUUAAACAUUUGUGGAAAUAAACCAACACCCAGAAUAAACAAGAGGUUUAAAAUAUUCUCUAUGAUUCAACACUACAUGUAGCAGAUUUUGAAGACCGAAGUCUAAACUUUAUCAAGAUGAACUGAAGACCAAGCCAUUUAUCUUAUUGAGGUCCUAGGAAGUUACAAUUGUAAGCAUCAGUCAGGAGGUAUUAAGAUAUUUUUUAAACCCACUGAAAAUAAGAUGAAAGCAAAAAAAGGAUUUCAUAAAAAUAUCCAAGAUUAAUGGUAUUAAAAGGCCAAUGUCAGUUCAUAAACAUGAAUAUACUUAAAGAGAAGUAGAAAUGUCCUGAGACUGUGUUGAAGAAUAAUCUGUACCUAUAAAAAUACAUCUCUGUGCUAAAUCUCAAGUUCUUUACUCAUCUUCCUCUUUAUGGCAAAGUAGAGGAAGGCCACUUUGCAGGGGGGAAUUAGCCCACAUUGUAGUUAAUAUAACCCUCUCUGCAUCAGGAGAAGUUCAGCCAAAAAAAAAAAAAAAAGUUAUCUUGUCCAAAGGCGACUGACCAACUUCCAUGUACAGUUACCACUUCCUCUCGCUUUGUUGUUCUCUUGAGUAAUCUAUACAAAUAACCUUGGGCUUCCUCAAAUAUAUAAUCUAAAUGUUGAGAAUACUGCAUUCUAUAUAGUCUAAUGUGGAGUCACAGCAAGUGUACUAUUAAUUAGAAAUCGGAGGUGUGAUGUCCUGAGUCAAGGAUAGGUAGUAUAUUACCAGGAACCAACUUAAGAGUGGUGACCUCUAGGUGGGAGCCACAGGGUAAUUUUUAAUUUGUUACUCAUAGCCCAAAAUGGUUAUUUAGAGUAGAUGUUAAUUUGUUAUCAGAAAAGAGGAUAUAUGUUACUUUUAAAUAUAAAAUAUAAGGACACCAACACAAGAAAUUUUGUUAAUAUUUACAUACAGGUGCUCUGCUGGAUCAGUAAUUUUUUUUUUCUGAGACAGAUUGCUGGCUUGCUCCUCAGAUGCCCACAGCAACCCCCGUGUGGGCCCAAAGCCAGGACUUAGAAACUCAAUCCAGGUGUCACACAGGGAUGUCAGGAGCUCCAUUGCUGAAGCUGUCACCACUGCCUACCAGGAUCUGCAGAAAGUGGAAUCGGGAGUCAGCACUCUGAUAAGGAAUAAGGGUUUGUUAACUAUUGGGCCACUCAUCUGCCCUUAGACCAGUAAUUUUUUUUAAAUGAAUUCCUCCUUUCCCAUAAGAAGGAUGAUGUAAGGCUCUCAAGCAGACUUGCUGGAAGAAUUCAAAGGCGGUGUUGAAGAUCAUAUGUAGGGUUUUAUACAGCUGAGCACACAUUAGUGUCCUGAAGUCAGACCUGUUUAUCAACUGGCAAAUGGUCCAUGGAUAAGCCAGGUGGUCAUCUAGCAGCAGUAGGCACAAGGUAUCCUAUAAAUGAACCAUUACCAGAAAGUUUAAAAUCGCUGCCUAGAAACCAGUAAUGCAGAUGGGACAUGAAGUGGCCUCAGACAAUUGGCAAUAUGAUUGAUUCUUUAACCCAGGCUGUGGGUUCUGUUUAUUCCUUCAAUGCCUGACCUUCCCUCAUGCAUGCAUCUGCUUGUUAGAAGUAAUAACCAGAUGAAAGAAUACAGUUGCACAUGAGUAAUUAACCAACUUUACAUUACUCUCUGUCUCCUUCCCCUCUGUCCAGAAAAUUAAGCCAGCUGUAGAUUAAUUGAGACUCUGUGCCAUGCAGGGAACAUCUGUCACCACAGCCUCACAGACUGUAUUAACAAAUUAAAGCAUUUGAUUACUUUUAAUCCAAGAGAAUGUUGAAGUCGCUACAAUGACUUAGUUUAUUGGAGUUUGUUGGUUGCUAUUUCUUUGCACAUGAGUCUUGUGGCAUGGGUCUUUCCCUGAAGCUGUGAGGUCUUUGAGCAGAUGUUGUUCUCUGUAUCUUUACCCUUUUCUUUGUUGGAAAAGGACAAAGACCUCAACAAAAGCAGUUUUGGAGGAGACAGAAAGGUCUCCAUCCUGAAUGUAUUUUUAGAAUCAGCUGGUACAACAAAAGAUCUAGUGUGAUGCCUGGAGCAUUCUAGUCAAAUGACAGGGUUGUUUAAAGAUAAAAGCAGGAAUUUCUCAAUAUCUGCACAAUUAGUGAUCUCCACACUUAGAUUUAAGAGAGGGGAGAGUCUAUGGCCAUUUCACCCUGAAAGUACCUGAUUUCAGAAGCUUAAGAAGGGUCGUGCCUACUUAGUACUUGGAUGGGAGAGGAGAGAGUUUGCUAAGACUUUGGGUUUCUGUUUUGUUUUCUGGGUCCACUUUGGUUUUGUUAGUGUUUGAGUUUAUCAGAAACUACUCAUUACAUUGUUAAAACUCAGUAUCUUCAUAUACAUAUAUUUAUACAUAUACAUACAUAGGAAUAUUUAUUUAUUCAUUUGAAAGAAUCACAGAGGGAGGGAGAGAGAUCUUCCAUCCUCUGGUUCACUCCCCAGAUGUCCACAAUGGUUCACACUGGACCAGGCCAAAGCCAGGAGCUUCAUUCAGGUUUCCCAUGUGGGUGGCAGGGGCCAAAAGAGUGGUGCUAUCUUCUGCUGCUUUUCCCAGGCCAUUAGCAGGGAGCUGGAUCUGAAGUUGAACAACCAGGUCUACAACAUGUGCCCACAGCGGAUGCCGGUGUCACAGCUUUGCCCAUUGUACCAGAAAGCUGGCCCCUGGUGUACAUACAAAAGAUUUUUGAAACUUAGCUUUCUGUAUCUAAGAAUGUUCCUAUUUGAUAACAUCUAUACCUAGUCCAAAACACGUAAAUGGAAAGUUGAUAAUAUACUUAUUAUUGACCCUAUAACUGAGGUAUUAAGAAUGUCAGUCCUCUAUAAGGGGCAUACAUUUCUAUUUGUGCUCAUAAAAAUUCUCACUUGACUGUGUCAUGACACUAUUUGCUUACUGAGGUGUUUGGUUCUGUCUCCACUGCCAAAUGCCAUUACAUAGUAUCUUGUAUCAUACCAAUUGGUGAAAUAACUUUGUUGUUUUUCACGGCAAUUCUGGUUUUCAAAUGACCGGUGGAUUCUGUCUGGGAACAGCAUUGUAUGCUGAUUUGUUGUUAAACUUGGUAAGAAGCUGUUCAUCUCUUCCCUUGCUAUUCAUGUGAACUUUUAUUUAUAACUGCUUCAUUAUACUUUCUUUAAAAAAAAAAAAGUAGAAGUAGGGACAGAAGCAAAAUAAGCACAACGUGGGACCUAGAGAAAGGCUGCAUCUUACAAUGCUGCACAGAAAAUACCUGAUCCUCUCCCGCUUGUCAUCCUGAUGGCAGAGCACAGUGCUUUCAAAUGCGCUUCACUUUCCUUUUUAAUUGAAUAUACGCAAGGGCGCUUCAAAAGUUAUUUUGGUGCCUAAGUUUUUCAUAACACUCAUUUUCCAUGACCUUUUUGAAGACUCUUUGUGUGUAUCUCUUUUCUAGAGCUCGACACAUCCACAAAUGUUUCCUCACCUUAGAAUGGGAUGGUCAUUGAAUAGUUCUUAAGAUAGUAUAUAAUAUGGCUGGUGCCACAGCUCACUUGGCUAAUCCUCCACCUGCGGCACUGGCACCCUGGGUUCUAGUCCCAGUUGGGGUGCUGGAUUCUGUCCCAGUUGCUCCUCUUCCAGUCCAGCUCUCUGCUGUGGCCCGGGAAGGCAGUGGAGGAUGGCCCACGUGCUUGGGCUCUGCACCCACAAGGGAGACAAGGAAGAAGCACCUGGCUCCUGGCUUUAGAUUGACGCAGCGCACCAGCCGUGGUGGCCAUUGUGGGGGUGAACCAACAGAAAAGGAAGACCUUUUCCUCUGUCUCUCUCUAUAUAUAACUCUUCCUGUCAAAAAAAAAAAAAAAAAAGAUAGUAUAUACUAAUGAUCUUGUAGAAGACAAUCAUACUACUGAGAUUUAUACCUCCAGGCUGACAUUGAAAGCAAACACCAGAAAUGCAUUCACUACACCUCACCUACUGAACACCACACUUAGCAACACUGCAGGGUGCUGGUUCUCUCGCCUUGAGAUAACUUGCUACUGCUCUGCAGCCUAACAAGGAAAGCUUAUGCUGCCUAUUGCUAGCCCAGCCACAGUUCAGUUUCUACUGAGUGUGACUUACGUUUGCACCAUUGUCAGCCCCAUCCAAAAGCAGGGGCCAUCUAUAGGUAUUUCAGUGUGUCCAUGUACACACUAACACACAUACACACACCUGAGCCAUUUGAGAUUUUGUGCACAUGCAUAUCUAUUUCUCCCACAAGCAUUGGAGAGUACAUUAUAAGCUCCACUCCCUAUACCUUGAAAUAACUCAGUAUGCAUUUCCUAAGAAGGACUUUCUCUAGCAAAAUCAGAGUAUAAUGAUCAAAAGCUAGAAAUGUAGCUCUCAAAAAAUCUCAUCUACAGCACAUAGUCAAAGUCUAUCAGUGUUUAUCUAAUGGGCUUUGGGAUUCUUUUUUCUACUCCAUUCUUCAACCUGGUAUCUUUGCAUUUUGUUGUCAAGCUCAGCAAUUUUUGAACAGUUUUCCUGAUGUAUUAUUUUGUUUUACUUCCCUGCUUCUGCUGGUCACAGAUCAAUGAGAAUGAGUCAGUUUUUUAAUGACGUGCCAAAUGGACUGGUAAGGAAACAGCAGAAUAUAUCCUGUACAUGAGCACCAAAGAAAGAUUUUCUUUCUUAGAAUUAAGUAAAACUCAUGCAAAGAAGAAUGGGGGGGGGUUUUGUGUUCAUUCAUUAGCUGAAUUGAUAAAACAUAUCUGGAAGUGGGCAUGUAGCUAGAUGGUGCUUGGGAGCUCACAUCCCAUUUCUAUGAGCUGAGGUUCAGUGCCCCACUACCGCUUCUUUUCCCAGCUUCACACUGCUACAAACCCUGAGAGGCAGCCAUGAUGGCUGACGUAGUUGGGUCCCUGAUAUCCCUAUGGAAGACCUGGGUUGAGUUUUUAGCUCCUGACUUCAGCUCGGGCCAUCACAGGCUUAUGGAGAAUAAGCCAGCAAAUGAUGGGAAUGCACUUGCUAUGUUUGUGUUUCUUCCUGUAAAAAAAAGAUAGUCUGACCAACUGAAUGCUUUUAAAUUCAUGGUUUCACAACCACUCUCCAAAGCUGAGCAUAAAAGAAGCAUCUGGACCCAAGAGAGAGUCGACUGAAAACCCUCAACGAACAAAACCAGAGAUGACCCUAGCAGGUUUACCGGAGAAAACAGACUUGACCAAAGAGAUGGCGGAGCAAAUAUGCAGUGAUGAACUUUGAGAUAGGAAGCAAAGGCACACAGUGCCAGGAAGCAUGUCCUGUCAUGCUUCAAGGCGGAAAUGGAGUGAGGAAAGGCAUAGACAUCUCUGUGAAAAUGAUCAUUUGAGCUGAAUAAUGUAACUGGGAGUUACUGGGAAAAAGGAAGUAAAACACUUUUGAACUUGCAAGAAAUUUUAGACAUCAGCCAAACUCGGAGAGGGAGUCCAUAGAGCAGCAACUAUGUCCCAGGGUUUGGUCCAGGGUAUUAAAGGAGGAACUAAAUGACUUUGAUGUUCUUUUGCAUCUGUAGGUGAACACAGAUGAGAGUGAUUUGGUUUUAUGAAUAGUCAAGAUGUACUGAAUGAGAUGCAUUCAUUGGGGGAAUGUUAGCUUUUUAAAAUUCUACCCAAACUUUGGGUACAGUUCCUACCAAUACCAAGAUGAUGGGAAUACACUGGGAGGAACAUUAAAGCCAUCUCCCGGUGUUCAGUCUUAGAGGAUGAUUUAUAGUUCUGUGUCCAAUUCUGAAUUAUGUCUUCAAAUCUUUACAGCCUAGACACAAUUAACUUAAGAAAGCAUACAAGUUUUAGGAUUUUUUUUUACAUCUUGCAGAAUCUAUCAGUGAAUCAGUCACACAAUAAUUCUAAGAAAUAAACUGUGUCAACGUUGCACUGCAGAUAAGAAUUGGUGAAGAAGUAGAAAUCAAACAUCGGUCUGAUUAGAAACAAUACAAGUCCACACUUAACGAAAAUAUAGUCCUCCCUUCCCCUCACCCCAGUUGCUUUUAACAGCCAGUAUCAGUAAAGUUGCUGACCGUUUCCCAGUGUGAUUAAUGAUCUGGAAGGGAAUGGUUUUACAUGUUCUGAUUUAUUAAAUUGUGCACCACAAUAAAAACUUUGUAUUUGUGCUUCUAUAGAUCAAAUAAAUGCUUUGCACUUGAGCUGUAGAGUAGUAAUAAUGAUAAUAACAAAUAAUGCUUUCCUCAAAACUGAAUAGGAAAUGUCUUCCAGAAUGCCUUUCCCUACCACAAGAGUUUUCUGUGCCAUGUUUUGUAUUGUUAAUAGCAUGUCCAGUGCUGGUUUGAACUUUGAUCUUCUUUCCAUCAAUUGAGGAACAGCAAGUUUUCUUCCUGUCACUCUUUGCAUCCAAAAAUCCAUCACUUCUGCAACUCAUUUUAUUUUCUAAGAUUACUAUUUAUUACCUUUUUAGAUUUGUUAAGUGGCAAACACAUUUAAUAGACUCAGGAGCCAAUAGUUAUCAAGAUCAAUAGUAGUAGCCUAAAACAGUUAUGAAUUGUUUUAUUACCUCUACCACAGUUAAUAUGCUGCCACAGAAGCUUACUUACAUGUUUUUUAAAAUUUUAAUUUCUAAGGGAUAACUGACUUCUCUCAAGUUUUCAUCAAAGAAAGAAAUCGCUAGUGAGUCUUUUCUCAGUGGAACAGAAUUGAGUUAUGGUAACAAUAUCACCUACAUACCCAGUCUACCGUGGCCACAGAAUCUAAGGGUCCUUAUUAUUAAGUAGAAGUAAGAAGGUGCCUGCUCAUCCCCAGCACUGCUAACCGUAUUUCAUUACAAUGCACUGCUUCCCUCAACCUGUUCUGAAUGGAGAAGAUAGGCUUGGCGGCUUCCAAUUCAGGUGCUCUCUCCGAGCAGGGCUUGUUUAUCUGUCUGCAACACACUCGGAGCAUUUAAAGGACGAGUGAUGAGGUUUCAUUCAUGCUAUAAAAAUGCGCUGAGCAUCAUGGCCACUUCCUUCACAAUGGCCCAGCAUGGGAGGAUGGAGAAGGCCAUUGUAACCACAGAAAUGAUUAUUUGCCUCUGGUAUGAAUUGUCUGGAGAAGUGGCAUCAUUUUAGAAUGGAUCAGGUUCUAGGGAAAAUUGUUUUGUUAUAGUACCUUAAUUUUAACUUUGAGAUUCUAAAGCUUGCAGAGUACAAUUUGGGAAACUAUAAGAGUUUGUUCUGUUUCUAGAAUAAUAAAAGGUGAUUUGUACUUAUAUAAGAUCCUUUAUAUGGCCAUGGAGCUUGAUUUGGAGCAUGGAUAGAGGGUGGGGGGGGUCUUACUCCCUUGCUUUGAAAAAUGAACAGAUGCUUGUCUUUUAGAAUGGAGGCAAAUGUCUUUCUGGAAGCAUCCUCAGUCAAGGCCCCAGCAUGUGGCUUUUGUGAAACAGAGGAUCUUAUGUGACUCUUCUUUUAUAAGUACACAACUAGAAAAGGAUAGAGGUGAUGAGCACAAGGAGCGUGUUGAAAGUCAGGGACAAACCCAAGGUCUCUGUUUUCCCACAUCCUUCCCUAAUGCCCUGGCUAGGAUGAGGAAAAGGAAGUGUUGCCUUAUUCACUUACAUAGCAAUGGAGAAAACUUGUCCAUCUUUAAAAACCAGCUUUUGAAUCCGUAAUCUCUCCACUGGGUCUUAGUGGACUAUAGCAAGGUACUCUACUGCUUACCUCCUAACUCGUGUUCUCCACAAAGGAGACUUGGUCAGGAAGCUUGUCAGGCAACUGUCAUGAACGUUGUGUAUUACGUGGUUCAAGGCAUUGUUCACGGCUGCAAGCCACCCCUAUUGGGUUCUGUCUCUCAUUUCUCUUAGAUUGAUCGAUGAAACAGAAAGGAGGCUGAAUAGCUCUUUUUUUUUUUUUUUAAGACAAAAGUAUUAAAUUGACAGAUAAACUCCUAGGAGGUUCUAGUCCAUUUCAGGAAAGUGUUGAUAUGAGGUCUUUAUGGGUCAAUAGUCCUAUUAGAGAUAGAGACCACCAGAGAAUUAUGAGAAAAAGAAAAAUGAAGCAAAUAUCUAGCUUCAAUGGGAAAUUGAGGGUGUUGAGAGCAUUUUAAGAAAAAUGCUUGCUUUAUCACCAGCUAUUUCAUUCUCUUCAAAGGAACUCAAAACUUAACGCUUUAUCUGAACUUUAAUCGAACUAGCAGAACUAUCAUGAUUUUUUUUUCCUCUGUUGCACAAUCUGGUUGAGUUACUUGGGAGUUCUUCAGCGAAUAUUUGCCCCUGAGAACUGGUCAUAUGCAGAACCCAGUCAGGCUGUGCUGUCUCCCAAAUGGAAAGUGAGAAGAGUGCUUCCUCUGUCAGACAAAUGGAAAGGGGUGCAUGGUGUCCUUGUGCCCCAUCCAUGCUUCCAGGCAGGCCUCUACAAUCGUGAAUACUAAGAAUGCAACCAUGUAUUACUUAGGGGCCAGGAUUCUGUGAUGCAUGGUUUUAUUUUUAUUUUACCGAACAUGGCGAGUUUUCCAGCCUCACUUAAUAUAUUUGCAGGAUAAAGCUAUUUUGGUUAGGCAUAGCUCCAUUGUAAUGAGAAAUAGUGAGGAUGGGCUCUGUCUGCUACUCACAGGAGACUAAAACCUGAGAAUUUGGCUGCUGGAAACAUUGCACUGCAUGAGCUAAUGGAGUGCUUCAGAAAGAUGCCAGCAACAGCCUAAUUGUGUUAAGCACUUAAACUAUUUAAGAUGAGUUCUGCAGUUGGACACUUGAAGGCAGCAGUACGUCCACCUUCUACUUUGUUCCUGGUUUUUCUUUUUAGAUUUUCUGUGAUUUUUGUCCAAAUGUCUUCUAAGGAUUUUCAUUCUCUCGGCUAUGUAAAUAAAUUCUGAAUACUUCAGUAUUUAUCAAAUACGUUCAUGUAUGCUACUUCCCUUUUAUUUAUAGUAAUGAUAUUGCCAUACUAUCUGUUAUUAUGAGGGAUAUAUUCAUGAUUCAGCAUGAACAAUUUUAGAAUCAAAAUAUAGAGUAUGGCCUAAAGCUCACUGUGGCCUCUGGCAACAGAGGAGAAUUGGGUAUCAGAGGCAUGGAUCUGGCCCUGGUUCCAUUGUGUUAAGAUGUUGAGCCUUAUAUUCUCUGAGGUACAUUAUCUUUACCUUUAAAAAAGUAAACUGAGAGUGACUUUUUCCCUAGAGGAUUUUUGGCAAUGUUGGGAGGUAAUUUUGAUUGUCUCAUGUAGGGAGAUGCUAAUGCCAUCUAGUAAAUGGAGUCCAUGAAUGUUGUUAACCAUCCCAUGGUACACAGAACAAACUCCUCAACAAAGAAUUAUCCCACUCUAAAUGUCAACAGUAUUGAGGCUGAGAAACUGCAUUUAAAUAAUGGUAUCCAGGUCACUCAUCACAGGAUCAGUGUGGGGCUGAAAAUCAUACAGAAAAAUGAAAAACACAAAAUCCUUCCACAGUUGCUCUUAAUAUGAUCUGGCAUUACCAAUAUGGACACCCAGUUUGACUCUUGAAAGGAAACUGAUUUUCUUCCAGAAUAAAAGUUAUAAAUGAAACUAUCAUAUUAAAAUAUAUUAAUUCAUCCACUGAAUCUUGUGUCAUAAUUUUAUGGUUUUAAACCAAUUUUCUAAACAUAAAAAGAAACAAUGAAAAAGUAUUAAGCCUAGGAGAGGCCUACCAUUCAGUGACUAAUACAGAUAAAGAAAAUUGGAAUGCAUGCAACUAAUAGACUUUUCCAUUAGCGUACAUUCUUUACACAUCUUUCCUAAUAGAAACAAGCCUGAAACGAUAAGUUGUUUGGAUCACAGUAAUUAACAUCCAGUUCUAUUAGAUUUGCACCUGAGGUUGGGUUCAUUUUACCAUUGCUGAUGAAUAUCAAACUUAGCAAUAUCUAGUCACAUUAUGCUAGAAUAAAACGUGUUUUACAUUAAAGGCAAAUUUUAGACUUGACUUUUAAUAAUAGCCUUUUAUAUUAACUCAGAUAAUGAGAGAUAGUAAAAGAAUGAAUUAAAUUUUAGUGACUCAAACUACAUGUGUAAUAAUGGGAAUGAAUUCUUUUUGCUGCUUUUAUUUUGUAGUUACUUCAUAGGUAUAUACAACUAAAGUUUACAGGACAGUUUUAUAGAUAUUAUUUUCUUAUUUUUAUUAUGCAGUCCUAAAAUUUUACAUCAGAGUACGUGGAGAAAAUACCUUGACUUUCUUCACAUAAUCUUCAGACUCUCAACAGGGAUCAUUAUUUUUUAACAGUUGAGAUACCACCCUAAUAUAAAGGCAGCUCCUAAAUGCUCACCUUCACCAAAGUCAUUCUUGAAUAAAACUGUAUUUAUCUAUCCAUCUAUGAGCAGAUCAUCUCUGAAUGUACCAACUGAUCAAAAGUUUAAAACUCUUCAUUGACAAACAGUUUUUUGUCUAAAGAUUCAAAUUGGUAGCUCAGCCAUGCAGCUAAAUUGAAUAAUUAUGCAAAUGCAUUACAAUAUUAUUUAAUUGGACCUUUUGGAAUGAAAAUAACCCAGGUGUGCAAAACUCUUUGCAAUCUGGAGCUACCAUUCUGACAUUUCUGCCAAGUAAUAACAUCUUGUGUGUAAGUGAGCAGAGAAAAUAGGUCUGAUGGCCCUCUCAAGAAAAUAGACAUGGAGGAGCAUGUGCAUCAUAGCACCUACGUAUUCACAAGGUGUUUGUGGUGGAAGUCCCACUGUGUCAAAUCACCAUCUAAAUUGAGUGGCAAUCCAGAGGGCUGGCAAUUUAUGAACAAAAUGGUUUGUCCUUCCCUGUCAAUAAUACUAAUAAAAUAUUCUUCAUCCUUAAGAAACACAACAAAGAAAACUCCGAAAUCCAAGAUUUCUUACUACUACUGAGAUGAAAAUAUUACAGUAGAAAAGCAAAACCCAGUACAAACUGCUAGCAUCCUACUUAGAGCCCAUCUCUUCCUUCUCUUAUGUAUGUUUCUGCCACCUUCCUGUCAUCUGAGAUAAGGGAUUUCCAAGUACUGCUCUUAGAACUGCUAAAAAUUUACCCAAUGUGUAUGUUGGGAUGCCUCAUCUGAUUCUCCUAGGGGGCCUAGUUCUCCUCACUCUUAAACUUCCUUUUUUUUUUUUUUUAAACAAGCAUUUAUUCACUUGAGAGGUGGAGAUUCAAAGAGCUCACUCCACAUAUGGUCUGGAGCCACAAAUUUAAUCUAGGUCUCCCACAUGGGUGACAGGGACUCAACUGCUUGAGCCAUUACAGUACAGUAGCUAAAAUGUGGAAGACAGCUAGGUCUAGAAACUAUGCACUCCCAUAUGGGAUUGUGGUAUCCCAUGCAGCUUGCAGACAUCUGCACCAAAUGUCUAUAACUUGUUCCAUUGCCUGAAGUAUAUACAUAAUAUAUGUGUAUAUAUGUACUGUGCUCCUUUGCUUCACAGCUAAAGACACAACAUGCAAAAAUAUCAUUGCUAAACAUAUGAUACGCAUAUACAUGCAGGAGAUACAUAACGUAUCUGUUCUUGUGUUCUGGGAAAGACCCUAACAUUGCACAUGACACAGAAGUGCUUAGUGAAAUACUUGCCAAGACUAGUUUGCUAAGUUAAUAGUAAAUCAUUGACACUAAAGUCACACCUAAACCAGAAACAUCUGCAUUCAUGCACAAUACCUCCCCAAAUCCCCAGCCUACAACCUCCGGUAAACACAAUUUUACUCCUCUCUACUUUGAGUUCAGCUUUUUAUGAUUCUACAUAGAAGUGGGGAGGGGGGCAUGUGGUCUUUAUCUUUCUGUGUCUGAUAUAUUUCACUAUGUUCAAGAGAUCUAUUACUGCACAGCACAGUAACUAAGGAAAUAACAAUCUAUUUUGAAAAUCACUGAGUCAGUGUUUGCACCACACACUCACACACACACAUAAAUGCAGUGUGCAAUUGCCUAUGUUAAUUGGCUCCAUUAUGUAAUCCUAAAAAAUGUACAUAUUUUAAAGCAUCAUGCUGUCCAUGAAGAUCAUUUUUUUUUUUUUACCAAAAUAUGUCCCUCUUUAGAUUCCGCCCUGUGCAAUUGCCACUUUGAUUCGUGAGCCUACACAAUGAUAACUUAAAAACAACUACCCCGAGCAUCAUGGAAAUGUGUAUUAUUGUAUAUUACUCAAAAACAAUUUUUAACUUUGAAUAAAACUCAGCAUUUUCAUUUCUUUUUUUGCCUCCAUUUUAAGAUAUAUGGCUCACCUCGUUCACAGGGAGCCCCUGUGUUUGCCAUCUUUGCUUCCAGAAAAUGGAAAUGUGGUGUGUAGGAAGAAAAGAAGCUACAUUCCAGAUUACACAAUUGACAGACUGUAUGGAAUAAAUCUGUGACAACUUACAUCAUUAUUCCUAUUGGAAUGUGGCCAUUGACCUGGGGUUGAAGUUUUUCUUCAUAAGCAAAGUGGUUCAAGAUUUGCUCCAAGUUUGGGCAGUUAAAAUUUUAACACCAAACUACAUCCCUCGCACAGGAUUUGUGAGGUGCUAAUCAUGAUAGUCACAGAAGAAAUUUGACAGUGAUAUCAGGAAAACAUCACUGUAUCAGACUUGGCCACUGUUAGAGGAUGUAAUUUAAAUUCUGACAUGGGGUGAAUGGCCUAGUUUAACAGCGAAUCAGUGUUGUGAACACUAGGAAGUUUGUAACAGAACUGAGUUUUUGGCAGCUGGUUCCAAGUUUUCACUGCUCUGUUGCAAUAAGGUAUGUUGUCUAGCAAAGUUCAACGGGACGCUACUAGCAGUUCAGAGACUUGGGGUGGUUCUGUGGACUGGAAAAACCUAUUGGCUAAUGAUAGGGAAGGUACCAUAUGUAAUCCACAGCUUCUGUUUUCAUACCUCAGUAUACCUUUUCUGCUGGGUCUCUUGAAGACACCAGCUCACUGUUGAAGACUAGAAGGUCAGCCCUAAAUGGGACUCAUUGAAACUUGCCAAGUGACAGUCAGUGCACUUCAAGGUCAUUAAAACCACAUGCCCUCUUCAGGUUGGAAAUGUUGUACUUUUAGUGCAGAGCUGGGCUGAUGAGAAAGUUCCAUUCACUAUUCUAGAUGACAAAUCAAACUAGGCUGCAUGACACAAAGCUACCCGUGGUGCUUCCAAACUAUGCUUUUUGAAAUCUUUGUAGGUUUCUUUUGUUUGGCCACCAUCAUAAUAGGAGUUCUCCAACAGUGGAAGAGCUGUUUGCAGCUUCAGAGUACAGAUGGGUAAUUGUUGCCAUGUGGUCUCUGAACACCUUGGAUCAAGGGCUCCCAGGACCCUCAUCUAUGAGUAUCUGAACAUUAGCACAGUACAGAAUAGAGUAGAGCUUUCCAAAGCAAUCAAAGUUAUUUGUGCUCAAACUAAAUUGAAAAUUGGCCACUGUUUACAUAGCACUUUAAAGACAUACACAAAACCCCCAAAAUCCCUGACCCACUAGCACCUGUGUUGUCUUCUUUUGAGCCACAGUUCUUUUGCUACCUGAUGUUCAAAUGGGGCACUCGCACUGGCUGAUUUGCACAGUGGUGAACCGACUUUAAAAUCCUCAUCCUUAGGAUACUAGACACCUUACUUCUCAGCUCAGUGUCCCAUAUCUCCAAGGCAAUACCAUUAGCAAUCUGCAGUGUUGUAGGAUUUUGUCAUCUCACUGCAAGAAACUGAAAUGAUCAAACGUUCCUUCUAAGGGAUGCCAAGGUAGAGGUCUUAUAAAAUGCUUAACUAGGGGCGGGCAUUUGGUACAGCAAAUUUAGAUGCCAUGUGGAACACCUGCAUCCGUAUCCGAGUGCCGGUUCAAGUCCUGACUGCUCCACGGCCAAAUGUAACUUCCUAAUAAUGUGCGUCCUUGAGGCAGGAGAUAUGACUCAACCGCCUGAGUCCCUGCCAUCCAGGUGAGAUUCUGGAUCAAGCUCCCAGUUUCCGCUUGCCCCAGCUACAGCUGUUUUGGUCCUUUGGGAAGUAAACCAAAAAAUAGAAAAUCCCAUUCUCUUUAUCUCUGCCUUCCAAAGAGAAUGAAAAAAUAAGCAUUUUUAAAGGAUUGAAAAAAUGCUUAUCCAAUCAUUAAUUAUUUUAUUAGUAUUAUUUUAUUUGAAAUCCAGAGUUACAGGGAGAGAGAGAAGGAGAGAUCAUGUAUCCACCAGUUCACUCCACAAAUGGCCACAACGGCUGGAGCUGGGCCAAUCCAAAGCCAAGAUGUAGGAGCUUCCCCUCGGUCUCCAACAUGGAUGCAGGGCCAAGCACUUGGGCCAGCUUCUGCGGCUUUCCCAGGUGCACCAGCAGGGAUAGGACUGGAAGCAGAGCAACUGGGACUAGAACUGGCUUGGCGCUGCAGGCAGCAGCUUAAUCUUCUGUGCCACAGUACUGGUGCUGCUAAUGAUUCAGUCAAAAGAGAAUCAAUCGAUGCAUCCAUUAAUAUACAGAUUGAGUGUUAAGGAAAAGGACCACAAUUCAUUCAAAAUAUCCAGAACCUGGUAAUCCUGAUUUGCAAAUAGUUUUGAGUUCCAUUCAUUAGCAAUACUUGCCUUCAAGUCACUGUUUUUUUUUCUAAGAAAUCAUCUUAUCCAACCCUUAUGUUGUGCAUACAUCUAAAAUGGGGCACAGAGAUUUUACGUCACUCGCUUGAUAACCUGUAAGUCAGAUUGCUCCUGUGGCCUGUGUCCUAAUGUCAUGUGUUCUCUGGAAGCUGUGCUUGUUAGGAGAAGUAAAACCUGGGGGGGCAGAAACCCAGCAGCAUCCAGGUUCACUCAUCUUCCUGGUUUCUGUGGAAAUGUAUUGAAGAGAUGUCCCAUCUUUUCCCCCUGCGUGGGUUUUCCUUUCGGCCACUGCUAGUCAACGGCAUUGCUUUACACAGUAAUUCUUUUUAUAGUUAAAAGUUCUGUGAUGUCAUUUGCUGUAAAAAUAACUGGGAGAAUUUUUCUCUGGAACCUUCCACAUAGUUUAGUCCUUACUUUUGAUUUCUUUCCUCUAAACCAAAGAAAUAAGUCCUCAGGAUGGUGGGUUAAUCAAAAGCCUUCAGUUUUGAAGGCAGGUUAAAAACCAAAAUGUGUAGACAUUUUCCAACAUUUGAGUUCUGUAUGCAUAUCUUUUUCUCUUGAUUUGAAUCUAAAAUAUAGUCCCACUGGAAAAAAUGCCUUCUAAUUUUUCCAACAAUUAUUUAGUUGUAAUAUGCUGUACCCAAGAAAAAAAAUCAGCCUAGCAAACAAUUUUUAAAAAAAAUUUUUUUUAACUUGAAAGGCAGAGUUCCAGAGAGAAAGAGAGAAUCCUCCAUCUACUAGUUCACUCCCUAAAUGGCCACAAUGGCUGGGGCUGAGCCAGGUGGAAGCCAAGAGCCAGGAGCUCCUUUCAGGUCUCGCACAUGGGUGCUAGGGCCCAAGCACUUGGGCUAUUUUCCGAUGCUUUCCCACAGGCACUAGCAGGGUGCUGGGCCAGACAUGGAGCAGCAGGGACUCGAAACAGCACUCCUGUGGAAUGCAGGAGUUGCAGGAAGAGGCUUAAGCUGCUAUGCCACGAUGCUACCAACCCCACCACCUCAAGUAAACUAUUUACAUGAACACUAACAGUUGUACUGAAAUAUUUAUUUAAAAAACUGAUUUUUUAAGUUAUCUAAGAGUGACUUAAGUCACAUGAUUUCACAAGGCCAAUGCAUAAUACUUUGUUUCAGCUUUCAAUAUAUCCAUCUAUUUGAAAAAAAAAAAAAUGUCCUUCUGGCUAAUAGCAAUUGGGAGAAACGUUACUGUGGAAUAGUACCAAGAAAGAGGAAUGAGCAUUCUAAUAGGGAAUGACUGCGUGUGACCACAUUGACCAUAUGCAGAAAGAUACAGAUUGCACGUGGGCUUCAGGCUCUCAGCAUGCUGACCUUCUUAAUGUGAUACAACUGCUAAAAAUUAAACCAUCCAUGUUUCCCAAAUUCUUUGAAUAGACACCUGCUAGGGUCAGCAUGUGUGUUAGGCAAUCUUAACACUCGAGUAACAGAUCUGUUCACAACAGCACGUACAAAAUGUCAGCAUCUGUUUAAUAGUAACCUAAUACUGAAGACCUCAUUGAGGAAAUAGGACCUUCAGCUGGGCUGGGGGAGACUACUAAUGACCUGAUAGUGUCUGGCCUUUCUGUCUUCAAAGAUACUUGUAACUCUUUCCCUUUCCUUUGUAUAACAAAUCUGGAGCCAUGCUGCUGUGUUGUCCAAACACCAUGCCACUCUGAUGGUAGACAGGAUUGGUUUAGUGGUUUCUGUGGACUUAGUAGGAAGCUACUCCUAGUGUGUUCUGACUGCUGUGCUAGCAACACUGCCUGUACAGAAGUAGUCAUUUUUUUUUUCUCAGUGCCUUCGAAUGACUACUGGGGUUUACCAGUUUGGGAUUAUCAAAAGACAAAAAACAAAACAAGUCAAUGUAAAGAUGUUUUGGCUAUUUCUGUGAUUCUAGAAUUGGGUUACAGAAUGAGUGUUCCAAUGAGCUAAGCAGAGGUUGACUUUAAAAGUAGAGGGUGCAAAAAGUGGAAGGAUCCUUUCAAUGCUGUGUUUUUUAUAGACUCAGUUAAACUGUGCCCGUCGCCCAUUUUGAUUGAUUGCCAUGAAUUUUUUUUUUUUUUAGGGAGAAAUAGCUUGUUGUAAAGUUGAAUUUGAUUAUGUCACGUAGCACAAAUGACUCCAUUCUGGUUUCCGAUCUGCUAAGGCAACAGCCAACAGAAAAGAACUCCAUAUGGGUAGCUAGGCCUAUGGACUUAAACCAUCAUUUACUGGCUUCCCAGCAUGAGUUGUGAGCUAGAUUGGAAGAACGGUUGGGACACGAACUACCACUCCCAUAUGGGAUGUCGUCUAUGAAAUGGUAGCUCAAUCUACUGCAUCGCAACACCUGCUCCUCUUUUUUUGCCAACAAAAAACUUAAUUCCAUUCCCUUAAUUCCAUUGUUAGAGAUAACCCUCAUAUACAACUAGGUACAGUCUUAGCUACUUAACUUCUUAGUUAUAUAAUUUCAGGCAUGCUGCUUUUUUGAGUCCAAGUUUAGCAAUGCAGUUGUAAUAAUUCAAUUAAAUGAAAUCUAUGAAGGACUUAACACGACAUCUUGCAGAGAACAAGUUCUUCAUACUCUUAAGAACAUUUCCUUUCAGAAGGAGUCUUCUGGUUACUUAGUGUUUUAACUAUAUAAUUAUAAUUUAUGCCUAAUUAUAUGUUUCCUCUUUAUUCCUAUUUACCAGAAAAUUGCUGUCUACUCCUUGAUCUUGCACAUUUGCUCCUAAGUUCCUAUUCUAACUAAUAUAGAGGUCCAUAUUUAUUGAGCUUUUGAAAUUACUAGAAAUUUUCCCAGCUCACAGUAGUUCCAUUUACAAACUUAAAAAUAAGCUUAGGUUGUGCAUCUUGCCCACCUAGACUUUCUGCAGUCCACUCCUGUCUUGUAAGCCAGCCAGAUGCUUGAGGCUCAGGUUACAUGAAAUCGAAGCUGUAUAGUCAUAAUAUAUUAUCCCAAUGUCAAGUGUUUGAGUCCGGGGUAAGCUUUUCCAUUCUCUUUGCCCAGCACUAUCUUUCUAUAAUUAACCAAUUGACUCUAAAUACACUUUGGUAGUAUUGGUUUUAUGAGCACUGUACAUUCCUUGCAAUGAAUACAGAUUUUAGAGUAAGAGAGAAUGUUGCUGAAAUUUGUAGAGGUUUAUUAUAGUAUGAGAUCAAACUCCUGUAUUUCCUAUGGGUAACUUAGAGAACUUAAGGUCCACACUGAGAAGAGGGAGUAGGUUAGAAAACCCAGCUGCUACCAUCCAGAGAAAUCUCAAUAUGAAUAGCACAGUCAAAAUUUUGGUCCUAAUGAUAGAAUACAUGAGUUCUUAUUGAAAACAGAUGCAAAAUAAACCUUGAAUAACAUAGUAACCUGUAAACAUCAUCACUAAGUGUCAGGGCACCAGUUCAGGAUAAGGGUCCCACUUCUGCCCAGUUGUACUGUCUGCAGGUGCAGGGUUACAGCAGGCAAAGCUAAACAAGUACUGUUUCACAGUCCUUGUCACCAUUCUCCCCAUUAGUAAUAUUGUUGGCUUCUUCUCUCCUUCCCUCAAGAUAAUCAACAAUACUCUAUCUCAUCCCCAGCAAAGGAUAGCCUGGGUUUCCAACACACAUUCUAGUUCCAGUUUAUAAAGUGAGAAUGAAUUAGAUACUGAUGUAGUUUUCAGAAGUCUUCUUUUUGAAAACGAAAUGUGGAUGCAGAGAUCCAGUUUGCACUGGAACUCAGAGAAAUCCCAUCUGGCUUACAGUAGGGUCAAAGAGAAGAAAACCAAAUAGAGAAAUCAGGGCUUCAAUAGUUUAGUCUAUUUACAAAACGUUUAGUCAGUGCCUUGUGUGUGCCAAGCACCAUACUAGGAGCUACACAGGACUGUGUAAGAGAAUCUAGGGGCCUCCCCUGCCAAGGCGUCUUCAGUUUAUCGAGGGCAUAAUCCCUUCUCUCGGCAAUACUCCUCUGUGCUCUGAGGACAGUGGGCAACAAGAUAAAAGUUUGUCCUCUCAAGGAGAGGAAUAAGCAAAGACAUGGGAAGGAGUCAGCUGAUGAACACUGCAGGGAUUCCCCAGGGGAUGGUCAGUUAAUCAGCAUGUAGCUACUUUCCUAUGGAAGUCAUGGCAGGCUCUUUAAGGAAUGAAACUAUAGAUUAUACCUAAUCUCUUCAAGGGACUACCCUGGCAACGAACAAGGGAAGACAUUUUCCUGGAAGGCAAGGUACUGAAUAUGGCCAGAACCAGAGAUACUGGGGUCAGAAGGAGACCUUGGUGUUGAUACUAGAGCAGCAGGCAGAGUACACGGGAUUAGUUGAUCUGACUUUUAAUUUAUAGUAUACAGAAUGAUGUUAUGAGAUAUGAUAAAUAGUAAGAUGGUUACUAUAGUCAGACAAAUGAACAUAUCCAUUAUCCCACCUAGUUUUCCAUUUAUUUUCCCCUGUGGAGAGAAGCCCUGAUAGCUGCUCAUUUAACAAACCAUCUAAAAGUCCUCAUGUUGAGGACUUUAGAUCUUUAGGCUUAUUCCUACUACAUAGGUGCUAUAUUAUGUCCUUUGACUUUAAAGGUAAAUUUCUAUUGAUGCAAGAAAUUUGAAAUCCAUGCAUUACCUUUUCCUAAUGCACAUUUUACAGGAAAUUUUCGACAGCUUUGAACACUAUGAAGACAGUCUCUCUGAUUAAAGAAAUAAGGUUCAGCAAGGACAGCUAUUUACAUCAUAAAACACAACUCAAGUGUCACACACUGUUACACAUGGGUACUGAAGACCAACAGCGUGAUCUCCUAUGCAGUAGACAUUUUUAAAGUAAAGGCAUAAAGAUUCAACCUGUGCAUCCAGGAUCUUCUAAUUACCCUUGGUGAAGGAAAGCUUUCUAACACUGAUACCUGAUUAGCAUUAAAACAAAAAGAGAAGAACGGUAAUUCCUGUAGGUUCUCCCUUUCGUGCAUCUUAGUUAGAAUGAACACUUUCGGGAGAAAGGAACUGAAACACUGCCUUCGUCCUGUGUUCACUCACGUCCUUGUCCUACUCCACAGUUCUAAUGUCCUCUGGCUAUGUGUUUCCAAGGGAUUUACUGAGAUUUUUCCCCUCUGCCAACAUUCCCUUUGGUCUCUUUUGUAACACAGAGCAGUGCUAAGCUUGUAGAAUGUAGCUAGUGGCAACUUUUUACCUUUUAGUUGAAUAUUUUAUAGUUUCCAAAGUGUUCUAACAUAUGACAUGCAUUUAUGAGUUAGGACAUAAGUCUUCAGUAUUCUAUAAAUGAGAAAAGUCAGACUCCAUGGGUUGAGGUGCAGGAAAAGUCUCAAAUCACAGAGUUUGAUAUGUAGAAGGAAGAAACUGCUCCCCUCCCCACCCAGGUCUGUUUUCUCACCACAGAAUGAAUAAAUUCUUACGGAAACAUGUCCGAAAAACCCACCAGAAGAAUGCAGUGAUAUUGCAGUAUUCAACAUUUAGGAAGUUAGCAUCAUUAGGGAUGCGGAUAGGGAUUGGAAAGUAGUAAUAAGGACGAUUUGGGUUAAUAUUGGGGAUGGAAGGUAUUCUUAUUUGCCUGCUGCUAAAGCAGAUACUCCAAGUUGAUCCCACUGGAAAUACAGCUGAUUUCAAUUGCCUGGGACUCAGCCUACUGUGUUGAAUCUGAAAUGGCUAUUAGUCUUGGAAGACCAAAGUAACAAACAUUAGCAUAGCCUUUUAGAAUCUAAAAGCCCUUUCACACUCCAAAUCUCAUUUGAUAUGCAAACCUACCCUGUGAGGUAGGUUAGUUGACCAGAGUUAUCGUCUCCAUAGGACACAUGAGGAAACAAAACUCAAAGGGAUUAACAGAUCUGUUCAACAUCUUAGCAAGCAACUGCACUGUACAAUGAAUACCAGAAACUUAGGUCUCCUAACCAUACAAUUCUUUCCUGCUAAGAGGCUUCUGGCUCAAGGUGAGUCAUUGUAGCCCUGUGUGAUUGUAAUGCCUUAAUGAAAGCUGUAGGCUAGCACUGGGGUAAAAAUGUAAGCAAUUCAGUAUAUUUGUUCAUUCAGCACUCAUUGUAAUGAUUACCAGAUUCCAGCUCUUACUAUCCUUUCUUAAAGUUUCUUGGGGUGUAGUUGAGACAAAAAAAUAAAUUAAGUGCAAUUGACAGGUAUUUCAAUUCCAUUAGCAAUCCAUACAGGGGAUAAUAUGGGCACAAAGAAGGAUGGAGACCUUAAGAUAAAAUUACAGACCCAAGUUAAUGCUUGGGAAUCAAACCACUGACUUCAAGUCCUUCCAGAUUGAACGAUUCUGUUUUACCAGUGUUUAAAAUCUAAUAGUGCCCUUUAUAAUAUUUCAUGCAUUCUUAUUCACCUUCUGACACUUGAAAAAAUCAGUGUGCAUUGGGCAAACAAAUCAUUAAUACAGAAGCACUGCUACACCUGGAGAUUGAUCAUGUCCUGGGCUCUCUUUUCCAUCUUGAGAUUUCAGUUUUGUAAUUAGGUCUGGAAACUGAGUUGGGACACAGUAUCUGAACUUGUGACUUGGGUUAUCUGUAGUCAGCAAAGAAAAUUAUUAUUCUUUAAAUUUACAAACACAUAGGUUCCUUCUCCUCUUCUCUGAACAGCCAUAUGUCUGGGGAAGAGGCUGUGAGAAGCCAAAGUAUGAGGGCUUUUCAGAAUGCUCAUUGACAAUACAUUGUCAUGCAGAAAUGACAAAGGGAUUUCAACUCAUUUGCACUGAAACAAACUCGGGUCUAUUCUCCAUAAACUUUUUGAAGUGCCCUCAGAGAUACAGAACUCACUUAUCCUCACAACCCCAGAGGCUCCUUCCUCACUGCAAACCAAACUGCUGCAGAACGGAACCCCUGGUUCUUGCAGAAGAACCCUUCCCUUCACCUUAGGGACACAUGCAAUCCAUCAGUGAAAAUGCACUUGUACACUUGCUAAGGGGGACAGAUAUCUCUUGCAGAAAUAUUAAAAAUCCUGAUCAAGUGUUUGUUCUCCCAAUUCCUUCCUUAGCUUCCCUGUUUGUAACUUGUCCAGUCUUUCCUCAACUGACUCUUGAGAUGGUGCCCUCUCCCAUUGUCAACUGAGAUUUUCCCUGAGAAAUAUAAAAUACUUAUUGUUAUGCAGAUUAAUUCAUUUGGGCCUUGCUCUUGACCUUUCUUACACAACUGAAGACAAUGUCGGCUAGCAAGCAGGACCCAUUUUCCCGCAGAUAUUGAAAUUGUUUGGGCUUUUCAAGCUUAACCCCAAAUAGUUUGCAAAAUUAUUUCCUCAAAACAAGUCAACCCCUGAAGAUGAAUUUUGAACAGUGUAAUUCUACUUAUUGCAUUUCAUGUUUUAUAAAGAUUGAUUUUACAUUCAGACAAGGCUAUUAUGAUGUGAUGGGAUAAAAAUGGCUAUAUGGAAAUAUGCUAUUUCUUACCAAAUUGUGUCUCUCUCAAUGACAACCAUAAGUCUAGUGCAUUCCUAAUUCCCUGUAUAGAUAUAUGCUCAUGAAGUUCAUGAAAAUUAUAAUUAAUGAUGAGAAUGAAGCUGUGACAUGAUGAUGAACUAUUAACAUUUUGAUUUUAUAUUUUAAGAGACCAUACAAGCUUUGUGUAUGUAACCUAAUGGACUUACAUUGUAAAAAUACUCAUAAAUGCACUACAUUCAGGCUGUGUUGGCUUUAAUUGAAACUAGUGCUUCCAUGGAUUUUUAAAAAAUACGUAAGUUAUUUGCAAAGUGUCAACUUGGUGAUGUUCAGUUGUUUAAAGCAGUGCUUUCCAGAAUUCAAGUGGUGGUCUACUUCUAAGAGUUUUACAACAGGUAAUUUUGAAAUACGUACUCAGCAGAAACCUUAAGAGGCUCAAAAUGUUAAUCUUCCUAAGAACAGCUCCCGUUAUGGGGGAGUAGGUACGCCUCGAAGCGUCUUACUCUAGCUCUCAGGGGAGUUAUGUUUCCUACUGUUUUCUGUGAAACAAAGAGCAUCCCUGUGUGCAUCAUCAACACUAACUUUGCUCUACAGAAGUCAUCUGAUGCCUUGUGAGACCAUAGGAGCAUUUAUAGGCUGUUUCCAUACAAUAUAAUUCGAUCUUAAAUUCCUUAAAAAAAAAAAAAAAGAAAGAAAAGAAAAGCAAUGGCAACAAGGGUUUCUGCCUCGACACGACUGGGAUGUCUUCUGUCUCCUAAAACUUUCCAGCUACCCUUUGUGAAGUUCCCAGAAUAACGAUUAACAUUAUUAAACCAGAGACUAAAAAUCUUGGUACGGACUGAACCAUGGGGACACAUUACUGUAAUUAUUUCAAAAAAAUAAAAUAAUAAAAGGGGCGUCCCAGCAGGGGCAAAAUUCAGAAUCUUUCUCCAAAUUCAUGCUAUUUGUCAGUCACCCAAUAGAGUUCUUAGGGGUAGUUGGAAUUGGCAUGCAGAAACAGGUGUUCUCAAGUGUCUUGCCUUUGUGGUUUGCCUACCUGGGUUUCCCAGCCCUUGGCUGACCACUAGUGUUCUCACAGGGAUGUAGUAGUCAAUUUAAUUCAAGCGAUCUCUUCCAGUAGAGGCUGAGGCCAUUUCUAAAAACUCCUUCCCCAUGUCUUUUUUUCAGUAUCUCCCUCUCUGUACACACUUCUUUCUCAGCACAGAUUGAAUGAAGCAUUCUGUUUCCUACAACGGUCUCUCCAUGACUGGCACAGAACACCCUAAUAGGCUCUUAAUAAUCCAUACUCAUUUCUGGAUUUUAUGGUUUACAGUUACUGUGCUCUUUGGAGUGCAGAGGGGGAUGGCCACCAUUACUUUAAAAUAUACUGGCUAUUCCUCCAUGUAUGAGGCUCCUUGUAAUACCAUGUUAUCAUCAAUGAUGACUUGUCACUUUGGUGAAACCCAAGAACACUCUUAAUUAUCAUCUCUCUAUCUCUGAGAAAUGCACCUUCUAAGUCUCUGACAUAAUACGGGAUACGUUUCCUACAGUACAACCGGUAGACUCAUAGCUAUUGUAAUCUCCAUGUCUGCCACUUCAGACGUCUUUUGAGUGCCCACCACACACAUACAGUUUCCUAAUAACUGAGAUGUCCUUCCCUGCUACUGGAAAGGCAUGAAGCAAAACACAAUACCUUCCUCCCAGUCCCAAAGUGAUUUUUGUCCUGCUGACCUUCCCUAACCCUAGCUUGUCAUUCUGUUUUCCUAAUUUCCCUAAAUGCAACUUACUUUAAGCAUGUGUUCAGUAGUUAACCUUUUUCCAGUUAAAAGAGCAUAGACAAUAACGCAUUUAUCAGUCUAGCCACUUUCUUCCCUUGUAAAUGUCUACUUAUGACGUACAUCCAGACUGCACGCCCUUUUUAUUUUUAUGAAAUAAAAAAAUUCAUCAUUGUUCUUGAAAAAAAAAAUCAAAAUUUGUUUUUAAUUUUGACAAUCACCAAAAAGGGGAAUCAACAAGCCAGAAAAAGUGAAGCAAAAUAACGUGUCCCCAGGCGGCUCUGUCUGUGCCUUUGCAGAGUGUGCAUCUGGUUGUUCAUCUCUGAGAGUGUGUUAAGUUCUAUUUUGCUUUAAUUUUUUUUUUACUUUUCUCCCUUGUUUGAGAAUUAAGUGCUUUUUGUAUUAUAUUUAUAUAUAUCAAUGUUUCUCUUGAAUUGCUAGAUCUUUAGAUUUUUAUCCAAAAUUAUGAGAAAAAGUUAUGAAUUGUUUCAUGCAAUUUCCCCCUACUCCCUCUUUAAAUGUGGAACAACUUCAGCUGCAGAAUCCACACAGCCCCAUCUUUCCAGUUACAGUGGGCUCAUGUAGUAUGGCUGGCUUGGGGAAGAUGGGUGAUGCCAUGCGGAUAGUCCCACUUCCCUAUAGGAAUGCAGUUAGCAACCCAGCGUGGGUGUGCCCUAUGCGGAAUCCCCUUUGAACCACCUGUGAAGCUCUCUAAACUGCUCCUCCCCCAAUAAAGCAAUACCCACGAUACAGAUGGGGCUGUGUCGCUGCCGGUGAAGUUGUUCAACUUGAAUGCCUAUAUCUAGUCCCCUUGUUUUUGCUUUUGAUCAUGAUUAUUGGUAUUAUUAUUAUUUGAUCUAUUUGGCUACUAUUAGUAGGAAAACAUUAAACUGAAUGUAUAAUUUAUAAAACUUUGAUGAAACUGUAAUGAUAUUUGGAGUAAUUGCAUGUUGAAGAAGUUGCAGCUUAGGGUGUGUGAGAUUGUCAGUGUUAGAGUUCUGUUCUUUAUUUCCGUAGAUGGGCAUGUGUAGGCUCAUUUGUUUUUGUAUAUUGCCCAUCCCU